AUGGGCUCUGAAAUGGAAUGCUCUUUUGAAGCUUUCGCCAUUCUUACCCCCAGGCUGAUUAUAAUUCCCACUCCAAUUGCAAUCUCCUUCAGCUCAUACCGAGCGCUGUAUUCGUCCGUCCAUGCCGAUGUAGCGUUUUGUGAGAUGGCCUUCGGUCACCAUUUUCCUCCUAGAACCUGGAGCGACGAAGAGACCCGCGAUGUAAUUCAGACGCGUGACAUCCAACGUUGCUGGAAAAGACGCGGCAUGGGCGAUUUCGCCGUAGGAUUACUGCCUUCAAUACUCCAAAACGACUCCCAUGUGGAGCUCAGCAUAGUCAAGGAUGAUUCUUAUGUCGCGCUGAUGGAAAAGGUCCGCCCGAGUGAGGUGCAAUGGGUGGGGUACGCGGGGGUCCGUGAUGCGACAACGACUUCCCUGCCAUCGAGAGAGGCUGGAGACCCACCUCUACCACCAUGGCAAGAGAUGAUUGAAGUUCGCUAUGGUGUUGGACCACAAUUCUGGGGACAAGGUCUUGCCAAAGAAGCGGCCCAGGCCAUCAUGCAGUGGUCUGUGGACGAAAGAGGAGUUAGGAGGUUUAUCGCCGAGACCGAGAGGGGAAAUAUCAGAAGUGGGAAGCUCUUGCAGAAACUCGGCUUUACCCCGAGUGGUACGGAUUAUUGGAAAGAGCCGAGCGAGAUUGAGUGGGAAUGUACGAAAUAA